AUGUGGAUUCUUCCGCUCGUGGGGUACCUGGGGGUAAUUUUUGGCUUUGCAUUCUUGACACUGGGAAUCGCCUCGGGCCUCUACUACCUAUCCGAAAUAGUGGAGGAGCACACCGUGCUUGCCCGCCGGCUCCUGAGCCGCCUAAUAUACAGCAUCAUCGGCGUGCAGACCCUCCUCAUGAUCUUUGAUCGAUUCCCUAUAUUCCUCUCUCUCCUCAGCAUCGCGUCGCACCUCGUCUAUGCCAGCAACCUCCGCCGUUUCCCCAUUGUCAAGCUUUCGGAUCCCCUCUUCAUUCUGUCCUGCCUCCUCGUCGGCCUCAACCACUGGCUGUGGUUCCGCCACUUCUCGCAGCCGAUCGCUCCGGCCCAGCGAUCCGAGAAUAACUGGCGCCAGCCGUAUAAAGUCGACUAUAGCGACGUGCCCUCUUUCACCGAUGUGGCCUCGUACUUCGGGCUCUGUGUCUGGCUGGUUCCAUUCGCUCUCUUUGUGAGUCUCAGUGCUGGAGAGAAUGUGCUGCCGAGCAUGGGCUCUGAAUAUGCUACUGGGGAGCAUGUGCCGACUGCGGGGCUGGGUGGCGCCUCUGAUGCAAAGAUCAAGAAUAAGGGAAUGGCCAAGGCGUUGGUGGAUGGGGUCCGGGAGUGGGCAGCUGAAAACGGGGAGGUCUUGGGGUUUUGGAAGGGAGAACGGACCAGGCGGUUCUAG